UCCUCCUCCUCCUCCAGGCACCAGAGCCUCAGUACAUCAACGUUUCCUCCUGUUUUCCCUCGCUGCGACCCCUCCCCCUUUACAUCUGCUCUCACCAGAAAUCCCUCCUAUGUGUCACUGACUGGCACUCUUGGAAAUCACGCCACCAACUAGACUCUACAACACUUUCGUUUUUCUUGCAGUGACUCGUCUGACGGCAGUUUUUUUUCUUGGAAAGCAACAGUCUCUCCAGCAGUCAGCUUCAGCUUUCCACAGCGGCUCCCCCCCUCCCCCAGAUCUCUCCCCCCGGAUCUCUCCCUCUGUCGCUGACUCUGAUCACUCUUGAUCGGCAUUUACUUUUGCAGUUUGACCUUUGCAGCAGGAGUAGUCUCCAUCCGAGCCUCGGCAGCAUGUUGGACCCGUCUUCCAGCGAGGAGGAAGGGGACGAGAUACUGGAGGUGGAGCACAAAGAGGUGGCGGCCCCGAAGAGCCUCGGAGGAGCCCGGCUGUCACCGGGCCGAGCCGCCGACGGCCACGGCGUCGGAGGGCUCCAGCCCCGGGGCCGCGGCGGCAGCGGCGGCGUCCGACCCUCCAGCCCCAGCCCGUCGGUGGGCAGCGACAAGGAGAAAGAGGACAUGGAGAAGAUGCAGAGAGAGGAGGAGGAGAAGAAAAAGAGACUCCAGCUGUAUGUGUUUGUGAUGCGCUGCAUCGCCUAUCCGUUCAACGCAAAGCAACCCACCGAUAUGGCCAGGAGGCAGCAGAAGAUCAGUAAGCAGCAGCUGCAGACGGUCAAAGAACGUUUCCAGGCGUUCCUCAGCGGAGACACACAGAUCGUGGCUGACGAGGCUUUCAUCAACGCUGUCCAGAGCUACUAUGACAUCUUUCUGAAAAGUGACCGUGUGUCCCGGAUGGUGCAGAGCGGUGGGUGCUCAGCCAGCGACUCUCGGGAGGUUUUUAAGAAGCACAUAGAGAAGCGGGUGCGCAGCCUGCCUGAGAUUGACGGCCUGAGCAAAGAGACGGUGUUGAGCUCCUGGAUAGCCAAGUUUGACACCAUCUACCGAGGUGAAGAGGACCCCAGGAAGCACCAGCAGAGACUGACGGCUAGCGCUGCCUCCGAGCUCAUCCUGAGCAAGGACCAGCUGUACGAGAUGUUUCAGCAGAUCCUGGGCAUUAAGAAGUUUGAGCACCAGCUCCUCUAUAACGCCUGCCAGCUGGACAACCCUGAUGAGCAGGCAGCCCAGAUCAGAAGAGAGCUGGACGGGCGACUGCAAAUGGCAGACCAGAUCGCUCGGCAUGGUGGAAGGUUUCCCAGGUUUGCAUCCAGAGAGAUGGAGGCCAUGUACAUUGAGGAGCUGCGAUCCUCUGUCAACCUGUUGAUGGCCAACCUGGAGAGCAUGCCGGUGUCCAAGGGAGGAGAGUUCAAGCUGCAGAAGCUGAAACGAGGCCACAACACCUCCAUCAUGGACAUGGGCCAGGAGGACGAAAACACGCUGUCCAAAUCUGAUGUGGUGCUGUCCUUCACCCUGGAGGUGGUGAUCAUGGAGGUCCAGGGUUUGAAGUCACUGGCUCCAAACAGGAUUGUUUACUGCACUAUGGAGGUUGAGGGAGGACAUAAACUGCAGACGGACCAGGCUGAGGCCUCCAAACCCACUUGGGGAACCCAGGGUGACUUCACCACCACCCAGCCACUCCCUGCUGUGAAGGUGAAGCUGUUUACUGAGAGCACAGGAGUGUUGGCUCUGGAAGAUAAGGAGCUAGGGAAGGUUGUACUCCAUCCGACUCCCAACAGUCCCAAGCAGUCUGAGCUCCACAAGAUGACGGUGUCUAAAGGCUGUCCAGACAAUGACCUCAAGAUCAAACUGGCCAUUCGCAUGGACAAACCACAGAACAUGAAGCACUGUGGGUACCUUUGGGCCAUCGGCAAAAACGUGUGGAAAAGAUGGAAGAAAAGAUUCUUUGUGCUGGUUCAGGUGAGUCAGUACACCUUUGCCAUGUGCAGCUACAGAGAGAAAAAGGCAGAGCCUGUGGAGCUCCUCCAGCUGGACGGCUACACUGUGGACUACACUGACCCGCAGCCAGGUCUGGACGGCGGUCGGACGUUCUUUAACGCUGUGAAGGAGGGCGAUACUGUGAUCUUUGCCAGCGAUGAUGAGCAGGACCGGAUCCUGUGGGUACAGGCCAUGUACCGAGCUACCGGCCAGUCACACAAGCCAGUUCCUCCCACUCAAGUCCAGAAACUCAACUCGAGGGGGGGCACGGCGCCACAGCUCGAUGCACCCAUAUCACAGUUCUAUGCUGAUCGAGCCCAGAAGCAUGGCAUGGACGAGUUUAUCUCAGCUAACCCCUGUAACUUUGACCACGGCUCGCUGUUUGAGCUGAUACAGCGCCUCACUCUGGACCACAGACUCAAUGACUCCUACUCCUGCCUGGGCUGGUUCAGUCCUGGUCAAGUUUUUGUCUUAGACGAGUACUGCGCUCGCUACGGUGUCCGAGGCUGCCAUCGGCAUUUAUGUUACCUGAGCGAUCUGCUGGAGAGGGCGGAGAAUGGAGCCAUGAUUGACCCCACCCUGCUGCACUACAGCUUCGCCUUUUGUGCCUCCCACGUCCACGGAAACAGUAAGCGUGUGUCUGAGUUGUUAAAUUGGCCUGUAUCUGAGGCCGAACUCGAGCGAGCCCUGUUCCCCUCUGCCCCUGAGCUCCCUGUCCAAACUGUUAAGAGAGAGCUCAAAAUCAUUGAGUUCAUGAAGAAAAAAGACCCCAGAUCCACAAUAUUCUCAGGAAGUCGAAGGCCUGACGGUAUUGGCACGGUGAUUGUGGAGGAGAAGGAGCGCUUUGAGGAGAUCAAGGAGAGGCUACGGGUCCUUCUGGAAAACCAGAUUACACACUUCAGGUACUGCUUUCCAUUUGGACGGCCCGAGGGAGCGUUGAAAGCAACUCUGUCCUUGCUUGAAAGGGUUCUUAUGAAAGAUAUUGUCACUCCGGUUCCGCAAGAGGAAGUCAAGGCUGUGAUCCGUAAGUGUCUGGAGCAGGCAGCUCUGGUGAACUACCAACGCCUGUCAGAGUAUGCCAAACUGGAAGGGAAAAAGAGAGAGAUGUAUGAGCACCCUGUCUUCUGCUUGGCGUCUCAAGUGAUGGAUUUAACCAUUCAGAAUGUAGGGCGGUUAGUCACCCCUGCCAAAAAACUGGAGGACACCAUUCGCCUGGCCGAGCUAGUGAUUGAGGUGCUUCAGCAGAAUGAGGAACACCAUGCUGAGGCCUUUGCGUGGUGGUCAGACCUGAUGGUGGAGCAUGCCGAGACAUUCCUGUGCCUCUACUCGGCCGACAUGGAUGCGGCCCUUGAAGUUCAGCCGCCAGAUAGCUGGGACAGUUUCCCCCUCUUCCAGCUGCUCAACGACUUCCUGAGAAUGGACUAUAACCUGUGCAACGGGAAGUUCCACAAACACCUGCAGGACCUGUACGCCCCCCUGGUGGUGCGAUAUGUGGACCUGAUGGAGUCCUCCAUUGCUCAGUCCAUUCACAGAGGCUUUGAAAGGGAAUCCUGGGAACCUGUCAAGAGUAUAACGAGCACUCUGCCCAAUGUUAACCUCCAAAUGCCUAAAGUACCAAAUAUAACAGUGCCAAGUGUUAACCUCCCACAAAUGCCCAGCUUCUCUCCGCCCAACUGGAUGAUGGCUAAUUCUGACUCAGUUAAUGGCUCAGGGACUUCCGAGGAUCUCUUCUGGAAGCUAGAUGCUCUGCAGACCUUCAUCAGAGAUCUACACUGGCCGGAGGAAGAGUUUGGCAAACACCUGGAGACCCGACUGAAGCUGAUGUCCAGUGACAUGAUUGAAUCCUGUGUAAAACGGACACGGGCAGCGUUCGAGGCCAAGCUUCAGAAGAGCAGCCGGGCCACAGACUUUCGUGUGCCACAGUCCAUCUGCACCAUGUUCAACGUCAUGGUGGAUGCCAAGGCCCAGUCAGCCAAGCUGUGUGCCAUGGACCUGGGGCAGGAGAGACAAUACCAUUCCCAAAUUGACAAUCUAAUUGAAGAGACGGUGAAGGAGAUGAUAACUCUGCUGGUAGCUAAGUUUGUGGUCAUUUUAGAGAGCGUGUUAGCCAAGCUCUCCAGAUACGACGAGGGAACACUCUUCUCUUCUUUCCUAUCUUUCACAGUGAAAGCUGCUUCCAAGUACGUGGAUGUACCUAAGCCGGGGAUGGACGUUGCUGAUGGCUAUGUGACAUUUGUUCGCCAUUCCCAGGACAUGCUGCGCGAGAAGGUCAAUGAGGAGGUGUACAUAGAGAGAUUAUUUGAUCAAUGGUACACCAGCACUAUGAACCUCGUAGGAACAUGGCUGACUGACCGUAUGGACCUCCAGCUCCAUGUUUAUCAGCUGAAGAUUCUCAUUAGGGUUGUCAAGAAAAAGUACCGUGACUUUCGCCUUCAAGGGGUGCUGGACUCCACAUUGAACAGUAAGAUGUAUGAAACCGUGAGAAACCGGCUGACCUUGGAAGAAGCCACUGCCUCAGUGAGGGAAGGAGGGAUGCAAGGCAUUUCCAUGAAGGACAGUGAUGAAGAGGACAACGAUAACUAGAUCAAAGGGCCUGAAAACUGCUAGAAUGUCAAAGCUUGUUCAGAGGGUGAGCGGUAUACUGCCUGAGAACCCAUGGAGCCUUUCCAUGAGCUCAGAACAGAUUGGCCUAACAUCCAACUUGUUCCCUCCAUUAUUUGCUUUGCCAGUUUUUUAUUUGUGUAAUAGUUCUACAUUUCUGUCUGACUUAAUACAAGAAGAAUUUUUUUUGUGUCUAUAAAAACUUGCAUGACACAAGUCUAUCCUAUCAAUGCUCUUGAAAUUCCUCACAAGCUUUAAUUCUGCAAAACUAAAAUUGAUAACAGCCAAUAGGAUAGUUCCUUAAAUCAAUUAAACACUGAUUUCUCCUAAAAUGUGAGCAAAUGAGAAUAUCCAAAAGAGGCCCAAAUGUGUGAGUCUGAAACAAAAUGUGACCACUCACAAUCUAAAUAAGAUGAUAAAGAAAGGCAAGUGAUUGCAUCUAUAUGGAGCUCAUCAUUUGAAGGCAUGAAAAAAUAUUAUUUUGUACCUUCAUGUUGUGCAACCCAAAAUUUCUACAGUCUUUGAACGGUAGCUUUCCUGUUGCUUGUUGCUAAGAUUUAUCUUCCAUAUUCUGAAAAGUAUAUACAGUAUAGAACACUUUCUUUACUCUAGGCAAUUAUGCUGGAAAAUAACCUACGAAAUACUUAAGUGAUCCAGGCCACUAUAUUGUGGUUCCAAGUGAACUUUAUUUGUUUUAAAAUGCCAACAAGUGCAUGAUUUACUUGUCACUGUUGAAGUCAUAUUGCUGUUGAUUCAAAUGGUACCAGAACCGAUGGUUUCUUGUUGGUUUAAGGUCAGACUGACCAAAACGAGUUAAAACUACAACAUCCAUAAGAUAUUUCCAAAAUGCCUCCUGAAUGCUCUUAAGCAAUUUGGACAAGCAGUUUGUUCCCAAGUUGAUGAACUAGGCUAUGAAUUUAUUUGUAUUGUGCUAAAAAUGUGCAGUGAAUGCAGCUAUUGUAUGUUGCAUUGUUGUAAAGGGUGUGAAAACGGUAAUUUUUUUUUGUAAUGGGUCUACAUCAUGUGUCAAACAUAAAAUCUACACAAAAUGUUCAAAAUGCUGUGAUAUGUUGUGAUGGAAAUGUUUUUUGUCUGUUCUCGGCCAGCAUGGAUGAUAUUCCUCUAACGGUUACAACACACAACAAAUUAAAUCCAAGGCAUCGUCAAACAGUAAAGCUGAUGGGUGCAAAAACUGAGUAAUUUUAAUAACCUAGAGUCAAGAUUUCAGGACAGCAUUCAGCCUUCAAGCGUUUACAUCUCAAGGAAGCAACCCCAUUGUUUCCUCUCCUACCUGUCACAUGAGGACAUUAUACAUUUCAUCUCCACAAACUGUUUUGCACAAACAUGGUACAUGGCUUUGUUUGGUUCGGUACUUCCUGUUAACCAAAUAGUUACUGUCGCAUUAGCCUAAAACAGCUUAAAAGGUUUAGGUGUUUGCAUGUGUGGAGCACAAAUUCAACUCUAUUAUCCUUUUGGAGGAUGUAGUUUGUGGUGCUGUUGAACUGCAUUGUAUUAUAUAGAGGGAUGUUUCUGUUAUUUAGCCUACCCUAACUGAUAUAUAUGGGGUGGACAAAAUAAUAACUAUACAGUUGAAUCAGCACCUCUUAAAAAUAGCUUCAACAAACACUGAAAAUGAUAACCUUCAUUUGAUUGAUUUAUUUCAUUUGUUAAAGGGACCAUGCACAAGAUUCAACAUCAAUGUUACCAUUUGGUGUGUUGUACCAGAGUUAGCUUAAAGCAAAUGUUCAUCUUCUUGAAGGUAGCAUAUAUUGUUGGAUUAGGGGCCAAUCACACAGAGAUUCAUUUCUAGAAACAUGUUGGCAACAAAACCAUUGUUUUCCUAUGAUAUCACAUGUCGUGUGUUACAUUUUUCUUGUGGUUUUUAGACGCACAUGAAACUCAAUCAAUCAAAAUCAAGGAAAAGCUGGUUUUGACCACUUUACCACUUUACCUGUUUUGAUGGCAUUGACUAUGCUAGUAAAUAUAGGCUAGCUAGCUAGUCAGCGAGCUGUUGGACUGUGAGAGAACUACAGAGCAGGUGUAUAGUGGGGGGUAAACCCAAGUACCCUCAGUUAUACACCACUUUGAAAGGCAGAGAGCUCGACGUUUGUUUGAAUCCAUGUUUUCUGUUAGUUAUAUUUGAUUGCCCGGUUGCGCAUGUUGUCCCGCUUACAUAAUUAACCUAAAUAUGUCAGUGACAUCAGAUUAAUAUGCAGUAUCAUUAUUGUGAAAGUGAGAAAUCAGUUGGAAAAUUGCACAAGGAACUCACUCACUUUAGCACAUUAAAGCAUAUGGCAGAAAUUUAUUAAAAAGGAAAAAAAUGGUAAAAUAUGGAUUGGAAAUGGUAGGAUUUUGAAUCAAAGAGGAUGGGAGGACUGUCUCUUUAUACCAUAUAAAGGCUGAAUACCAUCUAAAGGCAUCAAUAUAGUCCCCUUUUCAGAUUUGACUCUACUGCCAAGUUCUUCUGUUAGUGAGACAUCUGCGUUUAUCCUUCAAAGAAAGUGAUACUGUGUUACUCAUUUAAGAAUGGUCAAUUGUAUCCAAGUGUCAAGUUGCCUACUUAUAAAUAAAUAAUAGAAAUAUAUAUAAAAAAUUUACAUACAUUUAAGUCAGUCAGUGGUAACUCAAGAUGUAUCUUGCAGUUGUGAUAAACACCAACUGCCUGUGGUCUCACCUCUUCAAACAUUUGAUUUCCACAUCAACCUAACACCUCUGACAUCACCCUGUCUUAUGUUGGUUAAUGGAUGAGUUAGCAAGGCAGUACACAUACAGUUUGGUUUAAUAACACUGAUCAACCUGUUUUCAACUUUUUUCACAUUUUCAAUUUUAAAACAAAAGUUCUAUUUUAGUCAAAAAUCAUUUAAAUAAUAGAAUUUAUUUGCCAUGCAUUAUAUUUGUUCUUGCCCUGCACUUCAUUCCAGGAUGUAUGAUGGGGCGAAUCCACAUUUUUGUAUAAUGGAUGAUGGGAAGUGAAGUCUGCCUGUACUUUCCCUCUGUCAACUGUUUUCUAUACUGUAGCUGUGUGUCGCCCUGUGUGUAAGUACUGCAUGUCCCCAGUAUUCACUCCCUCAAAGUGUUUUUGCUCCAUGUGUGAAGUUACCGGUGGGUUCGUCAUGCUUCUGCCUUCUAGGAGAACCCACCAAGGCCAAGAACUUUUAAAUAAAGGUGAAUGGCAAAUGUGGAAAGAA